AUGUUUUGGUUUGGCAACACUUGGACUAUCGACGUAACCAAUCCGAAAACUAAAAAGAUUCGGUCGGUAGAAAUAUGCAUUGAAGCUUACAUUAUUACUUUUUUAACUUUUGGUCGAGGCUUAUAUAUCGACGGAGUUAAGCAAGAAGGAAGAAAAUUUGACGUUUGUAUUCUAUGCCAUUGGUCACCACAUUUGGAAUGGUCGUAUCAAGCUACUGUCGAAGGAAAUAAUAUUGAAAUUGUUUUCAAUAGUUUGGGCUGUCCAUUCACUUGUUGUUUCGAUUUAUUCAUUGAUGGUCAUCUACAUGGAACAAAUGUUAGCAAAGCCGAAUAUUACAGAAAAUUUUCCAUCAUUUCAGUUGCGCGUAGCCUCUUUGGUUGUAUUCUCUUCGCAAUAAUAUUUAUCACAUCUUUGACAACGUUGACUGGCAUAACGGAUAUGUCGACCGUUGAUCGCUAUGGAAAAUUGCUAUUAGCAAGUGCUAUAGUAUCUGGUUCAAUUUUCUCAUAUUUCGGCAUGUUAAUGAUUUCGUCUUUAGCCGCACUGAUUCGAUUUCACUAUUUCGGGAAACAGCACAAUUCACGUGGUAUGGAUGCAAAGCAAGGUUUUUCUAUAGCAAUGGAAUCUUUAGUUUAG